ACGAGGCUGCUGCAACAUGUUCUGACUUCUGGGGAAAAUGCAACGCGAUGUUUCAUUGAAAUUUUUUUUGUUAUUUGUAGGAUGUUGCAGAAUAGUUAGUUAGAAUAAGUAAGGUGAUGUUUGUUGCUUAGAUUCAGCCUCGUUAGGCUUAGUUCUUGGCUAAUUACAGGUGUGCUUUUAUCAACACGGGAGGUAGAGAUAGCCUAAGCUAAUCUAUCCCUUUGAGACGUAUUUCUUGUCUUAAUAAACAUACUUGAACUUGAUUUAUCAACACAUAUGAUGAUCACACAUAUGUGUGAUCAUCCUGACUUGAGCUGCUAUAUCUGCACAAUAAAUGAAAUAAAGUGAUACAUUUUUUAUUUGUGGCGUGACGACACUAACUGCGUCUUAACUUCCUCUGUUUCUUACUUCCAGGUCAAAGUUUGGUUCCAAAAUAAGCGAUCCAAGUGCAAGAAGAUGAUGAAGGCGGUGCAAUCCGGUGGGGCUCGAACCCCGCAGGGGACGCCGGUGGUGCCGAGUUCCCCACUCACCAACGCCCCUCUGUCGACCGCUGCCUCGCCGUACCAAACCUGUUCCACCCCUACACCAACCAGUCCAGCCAGUCAGUCCUUCGGCGAGCCCGGGGCCCUCUACCAGCCUCCAGGGCCCUCUUAUUCCAAGGGGGCCGGUCCCCUUGCGCCUGCCAUAUCAGUCUCUCAGGCGGGUCCAGACGUCGAUCACCACCAAGACUUCAGCCAACAUAUCAAGUCUGAAAUGAUGAACCCAACCGCACACUCCCCCAACACGGCCUCCCCUCAUGGCCUGCCCCCGCCCCCCCACCCUGCGUCUGAGGGCGGUUCCCCUCUCUCAUGUGUCUCACAUCUACACUAUUCCCCUCAUUCAGAAUCCCCGCAACCUCAUUUCCCUUCAGUAUUUUCUCAUUCUCACCCUCAUUCCCAACCAUAUUAUUCUCAUUUAAGUUCCCCUCUUUCUCACCCCCCACAGCACCCACACCCUGGCCACCUGCCCCCGCACGCCCACGGCCCACCCCAGCACCCGCCCACGCCCACCAGCCAGUCGCACGACAAUCAUGGGUCGCCCCACCUGUGUCCCCCAGGGCCGCCUUGUCCGCCCCAGCACCAUAUGAACCACCCACCCCACGGGGGAUACAUGCCGCCCACCUCCAUAGCACCGCCCGUGUCCUCGGCUGACCACAUGUCCUUGCCGCCCACCGCCUCGUCGCCAGGCCUGGCCGCCCACCACUGGGACAUGAAGCCGCCCGUGUCGGCGCCCUACAUGUACUCCUGGUACGCCCCGGACCAACAGCAUCUCCUCACUUAAGUGACUCAUCUUAAUAUGCUGGCAACCCGGGCCAGGGGCCACCAUCAACUACAGGGCCAAGGGGGCCCUCAGCGGCCCACCUACGGCCCUCUGUGUGGCCCUCUGGUGGCCCGCGGCGUGACAGCCGGGACCAAAGAUGAAAAAAGCAACCCAAGAGCGCAUCCCAAAGAUUUUGUGCAAUAUAUUCGCCAUAUUGGCGACGAUAUGGAGAGCUUGGCAAAGUCUCAAGCCUCAAGGUUUGGCUUGAGUGGUGCACAAGGCAUCGGACUACGACUUCAGAUCCUUGCAGAGCCCAGCAGACCUGGGACGAGUAAAAAAACGCCAUACGAGUCAACUUGUGUCAAGGGUGAAAGGAGAGAAUUUGGUGCUGAAGUAUCGUGGAUCAGCUUGGGUGUCGAAAAUGAGAGAGAGAGAGAGAGAGAGAGAGAGAGAGAGAGAG